AUGUCGCCCAACUCGAUAGCAUCGGGUCCGACCUCAUCACCGGCAGCAUCAACCAAGAGAGAUCGUUCCAAUACUGUUCAAGAUGCAGCAGCUCGUGGUCAAGCAGAUCGCGGUCAAGCAGAUCGUGGUCAAAAGCGAACCAGAGUCCGUCAAGCGUGCAACCGUUGUAAAGCACGCAAGAUCAAAUGUGGCGAUCUGAGACCUUGCAAGAACUGCACCAGCCUCGGUCUCGUCUGCCGCGACUGGCGACCUGGAGAGGAGCCAUACGAGCAAAACUCGCUUGCUCAUCCCGCUGGACGAUCUUCAUCCGCACUCACCGAAAACCCGUCAGCUCCAUGGCCUUCGACAGACUACCACUUUCCUCCACACUCUAACUCGGAUCCACAGUUCCAUCGUGCCAGCCGACAUGCUGAGAUGGAUGCUAGAGCCGAAAGGUCGGGUUCCGCCAUCCCUUGGCCCAAUACCCCCUAUGAACGAUCACAUCACACUGUAGCUUGGCCUCCCAAGCUUGAUCCAAAACGUCACCGCUACCUUGCCUACCCAUAUGACUCAAUCUACCGCAACGAGUUUGGCCACUUGAAGGCUCUCUCCUUGUCAUCCGGUCUUGGCACGCUCUCUUAUCUUCACGAAUAUCACAAACUGGCCAAUGAGCAAUUCCUCGAUGCCCUCUGGCAGGUGCUCGAGGGCGAAAACCAAGAAGGUGCCAACAUGCAAAUGUUUGCUCUUGAAAACGAGUCGCUCUCUCCUCACUCUCAUGGCAGUCACAUGGGCUCUGGUCUUGGUGCGCCAACUGGUGCCUUUCCCGACUCUCUCGCAGCUCACUGGUCACUGGGCGGUGCUCCUUCUCUCAAUGUUCCUUUCACCUUUGAUGCAGCGGCUGGUCCCACACCCGAACGGUUCGCUUCCAUGCAGAUUCCCGCCAAACCUACCUUUUCCAUCGCCAGCACCUCGUCCGCAGAGACCUCACCGGCCAACAUUACUCCACAAUCACAAGAGCCACGUCGGACUCGCUCAAAAAGCCACACUCUUUCCUCAGCCGCUAGUAGGAAUGGCGAGCCUACAUCCACCUCAGAGCAGAGCCAGCCAGCAAAGACCUAUCUCGAAGCUGGGCCGCCGCCUGAAGACCUUUGGACUUUCAUCAGCACCAAGAUACCACAGCAACACCGACGCUCUCUCCUCCAUACCUUCUUGUCCACCACCUACGUCCUCUGGCCAACCUUUAUCCUCUCCGAGUUUCUUGUCACUCUCAAAGACGAACGUGAACGUCAGAAUGCCACGUUUGUCUGUCUUGUCAUCGCAUGUUGUGCGGUCGCUGCUCGUCAGGAAGCAGGCAGCGUCAAAGGUGGACAGGCAGCAGAAUGGGGUCGCAACUUUGGCUUCUUCGAGCUUUAUCUCGACAUUCGUAGGCUUGCUCCACGCAACACCGAUUGGGCAAGCUUGAAUCACAUCCAGGCUCUCUUCUAUCUUUCUCACUAUUGCUUUGGCGCUUCUGGACCAUUUGGCGUCACGAGGGCGCAUUACCUGAUCAACGGCUGCGUCUCGAAAUGCUUCGACGUCGGACUUCAUCGAUCUGCAGAAACCUACACUGAGGCAUUCACUGCUUCAGAGAUCGAAGCCCGUCGUCGUACACUAUGGGCUGUUUAUUGCGGUGACAAGAUCUCAGCUGCUUAUGGACGACCUGUUAUGCUGCGUCUCUCCGAUAUCGAUGUGCCCGAGCUGGAUGUCGACUCGGAGGAAUACACGGAAAGGUUACCUGCUGCGACAUCCUUUGACCGUGCAUGCACGCUACGGCCAUGGCAUCGCGCUGCUGUUCGCCUCUUCUGCGUUCUGGAGCGUGUUAUUGACAAGAUCAAUCUUCCCGCAUGCAGUUCGUCGGCAGCUCUUGAGCGCGUUAUGCGCAAAAAGCCAAAGCGACCUAGGCAAUCGCAAAAUCAUGACGAUAGUUGCAUGGCUGACCACGAAGCUAUUGGUUUUGAUGAAGAGCUGGAGCUUGUCGAUGAUUUCCGAUUCGCCGAUACUCCCAAGCCAACAUCGGCUCAUGAAGAUGACGCUAUGUAUCAAGCUCACGUAGAGCGUCUGCGGACAACAGCAGCUUUCAUUAAGAUCUUUAUCUAUCGUCAUCUUUUUUGUAUGGCAAACACCAAUCUCUCUCGUCAACCACCGCGUAUCGAUUAUCGCGAUGAGAUGGUCAAAUGGUGUCGAGAACUUCUUCUUUCUCAACGCAAGAUGAUCCAACGCGGUGAUUAUACAGACUUUGGUUCUGUUAUGUCUUAUCAACUUAGUCAGACUGGUCGAGGUUUGAUUCCUGCCAUUUACAUUACCUCUCGUUUGAUCGAUCCCUCGCAAGAUUCAAAGUCGUCCGCUAUUCUUAAAGAGGCACAGGAGUUACUUGUGCUUGCGUAUGAUUUGCUUAGACAGUUGUCUAACCGCUUUACAGCGUCUAACCGACAACUUCAGAUUAUGCAAUCUGCUUUCCGUCGUCUAGAUCUCAGUCUUAGGAAAAGACAUCAUGUCCGUCGUUCGUCAGGCGCGCAUCAGGCUUCGUCCCAUACCCGUGCUCACGGUAAUGGAGAAAGAAAUGACAUUCAGGGUGUCACUGCACCUACAUGUACGCAUAAGGAGAUCACUAGUGGUCUUGACCUUAUCGCAGGUGUUGCUGGAGCAGAGUUGCUUGGCACAGAAGGUCUUGGAGAAUCAACGGCGAGUAAUGAAGAGGAGGACGACUUUGACGAUCUUGAUAGAGAUAAGAAGCCUGGAUGGAUCUCGGAUUUGCCCAUCAAUCAACCGGCGGAGAAAACAGCUCCGCAUCCGGUGAGCGCUUUUGUAGGAUGGCCUCCUGCAUCUGGUUCAGGGAAUGCCUCCUCGUGA